GAUGAACUUCUUGUUGCAGAAGCGGCGAUAAAGACGACGAUGGCUGCGAACGACGACAAAGAAGCAGAAGAGAUAUUCAAGGAGGAAGAAGAAGAUCACUUCAGUCGACUGCCGGACGACGUCGUCAUCCACCUCUUCAAUACUCUCGCCGACGCCGAAUCCCUCUGCAAAUGCUCCCUCGUUUCGAAGCGCUGCGCUUCAUUGAUCCCUCUAAUCGACACACUCUCCCUCUCACUCGCCGCUUCCGAUUCCAAUCAAUUUCUCUCCCUGAAUUUCCUCCAGAAGCUCAACGGAAUCCGAUAUCUCCGCAUCGACCUUCCCUCUCAUAUCCUUGCCGGCGGCGAGGGUUUCAAAUGGGGAGCCAAUUUCGGCGCCGGACUCGAAAGCGUCACGGUUCUCCACGCCACUUCUCUCUGUCAAGCCAUUGAAUUUGAAUCGGAGGCAGAUGAGAUUCAGAACGGGAUGGGUAUAAUUACAAAGAGUUCCUCGGAUCACUUCCCGAUUCUCUGCCUACGAGAAGCCCUCCUGAGGGAAGCUACGUUGGCGCAAUUCGUGUCCUAUCACCCGACGCUUGAGAGCAUUGUGGUGACCGAUUCUACUGAGAGUGCCGUGAGGCUGUUUCUGACUGGCAAUAGGCUUGUCGAGUAGAGGAAUUGGGCGAAGGCUGGGUUGAAGAGGAAAUGGGAUUCGGCUAGGAUAAAGCUGAGAUCGUGCUGUGUCUCUGUGCUGCGGCUUCCGCAAUCUGGAUACGUGAUGGAGGGAGCCAGGGUUGUGUUGAUGAAAUUGGUUGAUGAUCUUAACCGGGAAGAUGCAGGAGAGGAAGAGGAAAUGUUGGCUUCUUUUGAAGGGGAAAAGGGCGUCUUCCAGGAAGCCCUG